AUGCAGGAAGGGCCAUCCGACUCCUACCAGGAGCUCCACGCUGCCGCGGCGGAUGUGCAGAUCUUCGCCGCCGCCCAGGCCCAGCUCAGCAGCUUUGUCGUCGAUCGUGCAGCCCGGGCCGUUGCCGCCAACAAUCAGCAAGCCGCCCUGGCCAAAGCCACCAACAACCAGCAUGCCAGCCCGGCAGGAGGCGCCGACCGACCCUCGGUCCCGCAGCCGCAAGAAAGAGGUACAGGUCACGUAGUGUCCUUUACAUACACCUCAAGAGGAGCAUCCGCCCAGGGUUUAAGACGCCGUAGGCCGCAGCCCGUUGGUGGCGGUGAAGCGAUAACCCUCCGUUUGGAAACACGGGCCGGCGCACAGGCGACGUCGCGGACCUUUCCCGGCAAAGAAGAUAUCAUCUUAGCAAGACAGACCAUGCUUGCCGACGCCGCUCAUCACUCCCCGGUCAUCCUCGCUAGCGUAGAGGAAGAAGAGCAUGGCAACAGCUGGUACGACUCCCUCCUCCGCGAAGCUCAGGCGAUGGAUGAGCCGGGACUUCAUGAUGAAUGCCAGCACAGGUUCUGCGUGGAGUGCAUGGCCACGUACAUCGAGGGGAGGACCAACGCCGGCGAGGUGCCCAUCCCGUGCCCGGACCCGGCCUGCCCGGAGGCAUAUGGGGAGGACAUCGCCGUCCUGCACCCCGAGGUGUGCAAGAAGUCCAUUGACUUCGCCGCGUUCAGCAGCUGGGGCGACGGCCACACGGAGCGCGCCAUCCCGCCCAACCUGCGCGCCUACUGCCCCAACCGCUAG